AUGGGAAAAUACGGGAUAUUCACAACGCGCCUUGCAGCUUUACUGGUACUGCAUGCAGCUGGGGCCGGAUAUGCUUCACCUACAGUCCUCGUCACCAGACCUCUGACCAGGGUAGUCGAGUGGCUGCCCACUGACAACCAAACGGUUUACAGACUUGACGAAGGCGAAACACGAAGCUUAGAGCUGAACACCUCAACAAUAUCACAAACUACAGUUUAUAUAACGGUCAGUCCGUGUACUAGUGACUUGAACUGGAUUUUAUAUCGAGCCAACGCCAAUCCUCCUGGUCACUUAAGUCCUCUGAGACAAAACAAAGGCUCCGAAGUCACUACGGUUUCGCUUGAAAUCUCACAGUAUGACAGAUACAUACUCCAGUUGUCGACGGCCAAAGGCGGUUCGUGUGUGGUGAGCGCCCGCGGUGAAGCACCGAGACAAGUCCGGCUGCGUCUUAAGAUCCGAUCGAGGCGGAAGCUUGCUGCUAACUGGGAUCCCAGCCCUAUAGAUCCGCAAGCCACUUCAUACUGCGUGGUGGCUUCGCACAGAAGAAACUACACGUCACUAUGUGCUGCACAUCACGACGUCAACCCGAAUAGACUCGUUAAAACAAAUCGAUUAUGUUCGGGAGCCGCUUCCGAAUCAGAUAACGUCGCCGGUAGAAGUCGAUCGGCUGAAAUCAACAAUAACAAUGACGUCGAAGACGCCUUUAGCAUUUUCGACGGACAUUUCAGAAGUUUCUACAGAAGAAAGAAGUUUGGUCGCAGUACCAAAGUAACUUCGGACGAAGAUCCGGUUAUCGCUUGCGUUGGUGAUCGAACUCAUCAUCUUAUUGAGAACUUAGAUCCAACUGCCACUUACUAUGUGAGCGUCUUUGGAGUGGCCAAGGAUAGACGUUCUGGGUCUCUACUGGCCAUCAGCAGUAUACGACCAAGGACAUCAACCGCCAAAAGAUUGCGCGAAAAUGUACCUUACAGGGCCGAUAUUAAAGGCAAAACCGCUUUCUAUUUCAAGGCCUCUAUUGGGACUGCUGGAGGUUUGUGGCUGAUGGCAUCGACUUGUGGAGGAUCAGUGGACUUAGAAGUGCUGGUCAAAGGAAAACGACUUCAAUAUAUUCGUAAUAUAGAGCCACAUUUGAAGUUCUUCGUUCCUGCACCGACCUUAACCUCUUCGAUGCAAGAAACGAGCGACGAAGGUUCUAUUCAAUUCGAUUCGAGUUCGGAAGAGACCAGAAUGCGAUACGUCAUCAAACUAAUCCCCACUAGAAAGGAGAGGGAUGGCGCUAUUACAGUAGAGCUAACAGCAUCAACUACAAGAUGGGGCAUCAACACUCCUGAGCUUGUAGGAGACGGUGCUAUAGUGAGGGAGUUGCGACCGCGAAGGUCCUGCAGAUCGGUCGACAUCGCCUUCCUGCCGGCCACACAUAAUGCUACAGAUGUGAUAAGAUAUUGCGCCAUUGUUCGAGAUAGUAAUGAAGAAGUGCUAGAAUGCACGUCCAUGAGAAAGUAUUCGACGAGGACCCAGUGCAUUAAUCAGUCCCAGAAAAAAACAGCGAAUGUCAUUAUUCAAAAAAUCAACGGAUUGAGCCCGGGGAAAAAUUACGCUAUUCAAGUUACCGCCGCUAUCCGGGGAAGCUCAGUGCCCUACAAAGUUUUGUAUGCGGACACAAAUGCAUCGUGCCGAGAAAAAUGA